AUGGAAAUUGCAGGGUUUACUGAGGUUUUUGUUGCACUCACGUCAAAAAUAUUUGCUAUCUUUCUUUGCUUACUUACCACACUGACAUAUUUUUGGUGGGUUUUGCCUAACCAUAAACUGAGAAGCCUUAAGAGAUGUGGGUUUGGUGGGCCAAAACCGAGUUUUCCUCAUGGAAACGCCAAAGAUAUGAAAAGGAAGGAGAGCACUAAUUCUUCUUUCGGGUCCUCAAAUCUCUCCCAUGACAUUCACUCUGCCGUUUCUCCUUACUAUUCUACAUGGCAGAAAUUGUAUGGGAAAGUUUUCGUUUAUUGGCUUGGAACUGAGCCAUUUUUGUACGUUGCGGACCCUGAAUUCUUGAAGAAAAUGAACGCAAAGGUUUUGGCCAAGACAUGGGGAAAACCUAGUGUGUUUAGAAAAGACAGAUUCCCCAUGUUUGGAAAUGGUCUGGUCAUGGCUGAAGGAAACAAAUGGGUUCAGCACCGACAUGUUAUAGCUCCGACCUUUUCUCCUAUUAACUUGAAGGCUAUGGCGGGUAUGAUGGUUGACUCCACAAGGAAAAUGAUGAACAGGUGGAUCUCCCAAGUAAACUCAGGCAACCCUGAAAUCAAUGUGGAGAAAGAGAUUAUAGCAACGGCUGGAGAGAUAAUAGCAAGAGCAAGUUUUGGAAUGGGAGAUGAGAAUGGCAAGAAAGUGUUUGAAAAGCUAAGAACUUUGCAAAUGGCUCUUUUCAUGACCAACCGUCACGUGGGGGUUCCAUUUGGGAAGUUUUUAAAUUUGAAAAAAACUUUAGAGACUAAGAAACUUGGUGAAGAAAUUGACAAACUCUUGUUAUCCAUUAUAAAAGCUCGGGUGAAUUCAGAUAAUGAGGGACAGCAUCAACAAGAUUUGUUAGGUCAUUUGUUGCAAGACAAUGAUGGGGUUUUUAGCAUGAGAGAAUUGGUUGAUGAGUGCAAGACAUUUUUCUUUGGUGGAUAUGAGACCACAGCACUUUCGAUCACUUGGACUUUGCUGAUUCUGUCUGUGCAACAAGAUUGGCAAGACAUGUUGAGAGAUGAAAUCAAAGAAGUGGUGGGAAAUAUUGAUGAACUUGACAUCAACAAUAUGCUUGCUGAUUUGAAGAAGGUACGAUGA